GCGGAUUUACGACAGUCAGAGUGCAGCGUGUGGGACAUUAGGCUGGUGUUGUACAGGAAACGGAAAAAUGGGUGAUCCAGAUCGGGCACUGAGCGCAUCACCCAACUGGUAUUGCAGUCGCUGUAGUGAUGCCGCUGGAGGACUUUUUGGAUUUGGUGCACGCAAUUCUAUUUGUCUGAUGCGCAUCAGCCCAGAGGAGCCUGGGCUGUAUGGGGAGCUGGUAGGGCAUACGGACAGGGUAUCUGGCUUUGGCUUUUGUCACUAUUCUGGUCUGACCCACCUCUGUGGCAGCAGCUCUGAUGAUGGCACCGUGAAAGUUUGGGACACCCAGACCAAGAGUAUAGUAACAGAGCACAAGCUUCACAGGAACACAAUUACUGCCCUGCACUGGUCACCUCUAGUUAAAGGCUUGCUAGUGACUGGGGAUGACAAGGGCAUAGUUGUUUGCUUUUGGAGUAAUCGGAAUGAGGGCCAACAAUUCUUUCCAGAACCAAGAACCAUUUUCUGUCUCUCCUGCUCGCCACAUCAGGAGGACAUAGUUGCAGUUGGGUACAAGGAUGGUAUGAUUGUGUUAAUAGAUGUCAGUCGUAGAGGGGAUGUAGUUCACCGGCUGCGAGGACAUGAUGAAGAGAUACACUGCCUGGCAUGGUGCCCUCAACCACGGGAGGAGGAACUACAGCUGAAACUAGAAGAAACAUCUGAAGAGUUGAGCACAGCCAAUGGAGAGCUCCUUCCAGAAAAUGUGAACACGGUGUAUUAUUUGGCCUCUGGCAGCAAAGAUCAAACUGUCCGUAUCUGGAAUGCUUCCUCAGGCAAAGUUGUGAUGACCUUGAAGAUGCCCUACCUAAAGCGCCGUGGAGGUAGCAUUGAUCCAGGUGUCAAGGACCGUUUAUGGCUAACUCUACUUUGGCCUCAUGGACGCCCCACAGAAAUACUAUCGAGCUGUUUUGGAGGAGAACUCCUUCUCUGGGAUCUAACCAAAUCUGGGAAACAGAAAUGGACAAUAUUGGGCUCUUCUGAUGGACAGAACCACUCUCGAAUUGUGUUUAAUUUGUGUUCCCUGGUAACUGAAGAGGGACGAGAACUACUGCUCUCUACUUCUAUGGACAGAGAAGUGAAAUGUUGGGAUUUGGGUUCCCUUUCUUGCUGUUGGUCGCUGACAUCAUUAGGUGGAUUUGCUUACACACUUGCUUUCUCCCCGGUGGCAGCUGGGUCUCUGGCUGUUGGGGUAGGAGAUAGCAUGAUCCGUGUGUGGAACACGCUCUCUGUUGUCAAUGCCUAUGAUGUGAAGACCCUGUGGCAGGGCAUUCGUUGCAAGGUCACUGCGUUGUCUUGGCAUCCAACCAAAGAGGGGAGUCUAGCAUUUGGUACUGAUGAUGGGAAGGUUGGAAUUUAUGAAGUCUACUCAAACAAACCGCCCCAGAUUUCAAGCACAUAUCACAAAAAAACUGUUUAUUCCCUAUCCUGGGGCUCCCCACUGCCUCCAGUCUCACUUGCAGCAGAAGGAGAGAAACCCGCUUUUACUUUAUACAGCUGCGGUGGGGAGGGGAUUAUCUACCAGCACAACCCUUGGAAACUGAAUGCCGAGGCCCACGAUAUUAACAAACUUAUCCGCGACACAAAUGAUAUCCAACACAAGUUACCAAUCCACACAGAAUUGAACUGGAGAUCAGAUGGGCAGCAUUUAGCCAUCGGCAAUGAGGAUGGGAACAUUGAAAUUUUCCGUACCCCAAACUUAAAGCUCAUCUGUACUAUCCAGCAGCAUCACAAGCUGGUGAACGCGCUGAGGUGGCACCAUGAUCACGGCGAAGACGCCAAUCUCCACUUUCUUCUGGCCUCUGGAUCUAAUAAUGCUGUUGUCUACAUACAUAACUUGAAGGGAGUUCUGGAGAGCUCCUGUGAUUCUCCUGUGACCAUCACCGAACCAUUCCGUACCCUGUCUGGGCACACUGCAAGAAUCACAAGCCUCUCUUGGAGCCCUCAUCAUGAUGCCAGGCUGGCAUCCGCCAGUUAUGAUGGCACAUCCCAGGUUUGGGAUGUUCUGCAGGAGGAACCACUCAGUAAUUAUCGGGGACAUAAAGGAAGACUCCUCUGUGUUCAGUGGUCUCCUUUGGAGCCAGACCAGGUGUGGAGUGGAGCAGAUGACUUCUCUGUCCAUAACUGGUCCAUAUCAAAGCAAGAGCACAGCCGGCCUCCCAAAGGCAAAAAAGCAGCUGAAUUAGAAAAGAAACGUUUUGUUCUGACCAAACCUAAACCCAAGAAAAAGAAGAAACCAGACAGCCCUAAACAAGAGGUGACUGCAGAUGUAAUGGGAGGUGAAACAGAUAAUCUUUCUUGUGCACAGAAUGGGACAUCGGAUCAAGAGGAGGAUCAUAUGACUUCUGAGCAGAUGACUUUGGAGAAAGUUCCCCAGGAAGCUGCUUCAGAAACUCAGGCUCAACCAUCAUCAUCUGCUUUAGAGGACCAUAGCUUAAGCCCAUCCCCUAAGACCAUAACUCUAAGAAAAGAUCAUCUUAAAGACAGGACAGAGUUCCCCAGCAGGAAAAAAAAGCCUCGCUCUCUGCUUCCACUCAGCACCAGCAAGGAUCACCGCUCCAAGGAAGAUCAGCAUCAGGAUUGUGUGAAACUGGCAACAGCUUUAUGCGUUAAAGAAUUACAAGAAGGAAAUCCUGCCCUUUCGGAGGACGCUGUGCAUCUGGGACUCUACAGCGAUCGCGCUACUUUGUAUCGCCUGAUGGAAGAAGAAGGAAAAGCACACCUGGAGAGUGGGCACCCAGAGCUGCAGCAUCAAAUCAUGCUAUGGAAAGGGGACUUGAAGGGAACCUUGCAGCUGGCUGCUGAAAGAGGAGAACUGACAGACCAACUAGUGGCUUUGGCUCCGAUGGCUGGAUACAAGGUCUGGAUGUGGACCGUUGAAGCCUUUGUUAAGCAACUUUGCUUCCAGGAACAAUACAUAAAGGCUGCAUCCCAUCUGCUUUCCAUUAACAAAGUCUAUGAAGCUGUGCAACUCCUGAGGGGAAACCAUCUUUACAGGGAAGCCAUAGCUGUGGCCAAAUCUCGCCUCCUCCCUGAUGACCCUGUUCUGCGGGAGCUGUACACGGCAUGGGCUGCAGUUUUAGAACAAGAUGGACACUACUCCAUGGCUGCUAAAUGUUAUUUAGGGGCAUCCUCUCCGUAUGAUGCAGCCAAAGUACUUGCCAAAAAAGGAGAUCUGUUAUCCCUAAGCACAGCAUCCAAGCUUGCUUUAAUAGCGGGGGAAAAGGAGCUGGCUGCUUCAUUUGCCCUUCGCUGUGCCCAGGAGUUUGUGACUACAAAGAACUGGGUGGGAGCUCAGCAGGCUUUACAGCAGCAUCACAAUUUGUUGGGUCAGAGGCUAGUUUUCUGCACAAGCGAACUGUUGUACAGUGUCUUGGAAGAGAAGACACCAGUGGAUUGGAAGACACAACAUGCUCCAUGUUUCCAUGAUUGGGUGCAGUGUAUCACCCAGGAAUCCUUCAUUACCAGAUUGAUAGGACUGUGGCAGAGUGAGCUUGGCGUAAACGCUGCAGAUCAGUACAGUGAAGCUUACCAGCAACUAUGCACCUCUGAAACCCCUCCGACUACCGCGAACACCUACCCAAAGCAGUUGCUACUCCAGCUUUCUCAUGAGGUGACUUUUUCUGCAUUGAGCUACCUCACAAAAAACUGGGACGAAGCGGCACCAGCUUUACUACGAACACUGACACGCUGUCAACAAGCUGGAUAUUUCACCUUAAUGCAAGAAGUGUCCAGGCUGCUUCUUCCUGAAGGGUGCAGUGAGCUGCGGACUUACAUCAAUCCAGAAAACAAACAGAGUAUGGCGGCAUGUGAAAGUCUGCAGGCAUUUAUUGCUUAUGUAUCUUUAUAUGAGGUGUGGUGGUGUCAAAGUAACAAGCUUCCCACCCGCAAAAACUCAGAAGCAGACAUAGUAGUGGAUGUCCCACCAGGAGGUGUUGAAGAAAUGCAACAAUCUGGGGAGGAUAAGAUGCUGGAAGAAGUGCUUGGUUUUGAAGUCUUGUUAUCAGAAAGACAUGCUGCAUUUCAGAGAGCUCAGAGAGACAUUGCUGAGGUUCAGAAAGCACUACGUGACAUGAUACAACAGCACCAGAGAAUCAGGCAGAUUCAAGAUAAUUCUCUAGAGCUGGAGCAAGAAGCAGGCACAAACACGUUGUCUCCAGACAAAUCUUCUGAAAGCCAAAUGUCAACUGGUCCAAGUCCACUGUCCCUGGCAGAGCUGAUGAAAAAGCUCUCUGCAGCAAACCAUAAGCUAGCAGAGUUUCCAGAGUAUUUAAAGGUCUUGCACUUCCCUGAUGUUUUGGAGAGUUGUCUGGUACUACUUCAUCUACCACCCUAUUCCACGUCUCCUAGAAUACGGGCACAGGCCUUGGCUAUGCUGCAGAGUCAUAUUACUGGAUCCAUUGAUCAUGAGAAAGCAGCCAUGAAUUUCCUUUCCUCACUCUAAUAACCUGUCAACAGUAUCUCACACUGCUUUCAGAUCUGCAAUAACCACUGCCUUAGGUGCAGGUGGCUAAUAACACCCUUUUUCACUUUCAUCAGGCUGCAGAAGAUCAUAGAGACCAAAACAUCUUCAUAACUUCUACCUUACCAUAUCCCGCUUUACUGUUAAAAAUACGCUGCACGUGUCUGCUGAACUCCAGAAUUAAUUGUAGAAGAAGCUGCUAAAAAUUGGAGAGUUCGAGGAGGAGCAAUCUUUAAUUUUGCUGCCACUUUAUGCACAACCAUGUGAACAUAAGCUGCACAGUGUAAUUAAAGGAAUAGCUGUGGUCAUCUGGUUCACAUUUAUAGGAAUGGGCACCAUAGGCUUUAGACAAUACAAAAUAAUUGUAAUUUGGAAAAGAUUUAAUCUAUAUGAUGUUGGCUUGGAACACAUAGAUAUACAUAAUUUCAUUUGUGUAGGCACAUAUCUGCACAUUGUUUUAUAAAGCAGUAUAAUACCAAGGAUAUUUCUUUAUGUAACACAGUUUGUCUCCAAUUUAAUAAGUAUUUUAACUGGAAAGUGUAGUUGUAAAGACCUAUAUUUACAAUCUGCAAUAUUUAUUUUAUUGAUGAGGGCAAACCAAUAAAGAAGACCCGAAACAAUAGCUGCCAUGACAAUUGCUAUGUAAAAGCUGAACAUGCUUUAUUUUGUCAUUUUGGAUUACCAUAUUAUGAAUCAAUUUGUAUUUGUUCCAUAGUGGGUGCCAUCCUGAACAUGCAGUAGGCUGGUUAGUUAUAUUUACAGCAAGUUUUGGGUUUAUUGUUUUUUUUGUGCUUUGUAACACAUAACUAGGGAAGUAUGAGGUGGCAUCAAGUUAGCGGGUGGCACGCCUUUGUAAUACAUCAGUUAAAAUUAGCAUAUUUGUGAAAACAGACUACAUUUGUACCUGGCAGUUUUGCCCGUUUAUUUACAGUCUGACACAGCAGUAAAUGUGUCGUGGGAGUUGGGAAUGUCUAGCUCCAAACAUUCUUGAAACUCUGGGUUGUUGGUCCUUUCCCCUUGUUUUGCACAUAACCCAAAGAGAAAGUUGGAGAUCUUUGGACAAGCAGCUUUGUGAAGUCACGUGGUAUACCUGCAUAUCACUUACUGAAGAAUGGUAGUUGAAUACUAAUUCACCGUUUAGGCGUGAUACAUAGCAAUGGAAUUUGAGGACUAUCUUAAGAAUAACAUACAAGACCAUUGUACAUAAUUUGAAAUAUGUAAAUGUGAUACCUUAAAGGAGACAGCUUUGAUGCACUGUUGUAUAUACUGACAUGGUUGACUGUUUAACAUGUAUUGCAUUUUUAUAGUUUUUUUAUUUGUGAAUGUGUGCAGUAUAUUUAUAUAUACAUACAUACACACAUGUAAUUCCUGAAGUGAAAACUAUUCUAAUGCACUUACUUAUGUAUGUUGUGUACUGCAGCACACUUAGGUUUAUAUAUUCCACUGAGCAGACUAGAAUGGUGACGACAACCUGUUCCAAUACAGUUGUUAGGGGCCUAGUUGUUUCUGUUCUGCCAGCCUCCCAUAGCAGCUGAAAUGUCACAGGUUUGCCACCACCAGACAUCUAGAGCUUCUUUAUAACUAUCAAACUGCUCAGGAACUGCAGCUUGUAUCAGAGACAUAGAGGAAAAUUGUACCAUUAACACAAAGCUGUGCUGCAUGUAAUCAUCUCUUACAUAAGAUGCCAAGGAAAUCUUGAAAAUAUUUUUCUCAUUUUUUUUUGUUCUUUCAUUUUUCAAAAUAAAUAUUUGA